CCAACGUCAAGGCUUCAACCCUGCUCGUACUACAUAUGCUCACUGCCCAGAUCAACCAGGACUCCCCGUUGAGGGUAAAGUGCACCCGUUUGCCAGACAAGGUCAAGCCCAGCCAAGCAUUGAGGCUUGUGCAAAGCUUGGUGACCUGGCUGGCUCUGGGGCGGUUCGAGCUGAAUGCCAAAGCUGACAUGCACUAGGGGCUGAGGUCCAGAAAUUGCCCAAUCCAGCGUCUGCCACAUCCUGCGCAAUCUGGAUCUGCUACUAUAUCAGGCACAUUCUGCUUACAAGACCCUGUCGCCCAAUAAAGCCGUGUCUGAGGUGCCGAAGCUUUUGGCACAAGUGCUUAUGCUCACCUCCCCCCGUGCCUGGCAGUGGCCUUGGUCUCUAUGCCUGGGCCGCCACAUGUCUCUCUGAAAUACUGGCUCUUCGCUGCCCUCGCGACGAUCCUUUGGAAACUCCCUUUGCGAAGUGUCGGCGCCCUGGGUUUCGCUGUCAAGUCCUCUUUCCUUUCCACCUUUUUACUUUCGAACCGAGUCACUCUUUCGUUGAUUAACCUGGCAGUUAUUUCACCUUGAAAGCCUACACUUGGCCAUUCCCUUUCUUCGAAGUAAUACUGAACCAUGGACUUCAUUCCCGACCGCCUGCUCUUGGGCAUCCGAGACGCGAAAAGCGCAGUACCUAACCUGGCGAGUGGACACACCGCGACAACGACCUCAGUCCCGAACAGCGCCAAGGUCACUCACGCUCUGGGCAAGUUGGCUCAAGCAGGAGUCGGCAAUGAGGCCGUCAAUUCAGUCCUCGGCCUGUCCACCACCACAACUACUCGCUACCCGGAAAAGAUUACCCACGCCGCCGAAAAACUGAGCAACGCCGGCCUGAGUUCUGACAGCACGCCUUCUCUUCCGGCACAACAACAAAGCAGCCACCAUCUUGCCACAAAAUACAUCAUUGUAAUUGCUGUCGUUGGCGCCGUCGUCCUCCUCGCCCUCUUGACUGGCGGAUGCCUGUGCUGGAGACGGUACAAGAGAAGAAGAGCGUACAAUGUGGUGAGCAGGGGCGUGGACACCAAGGGCAAAGGAGUAAUGCGGGAGAAAGAGGAUAUGUUUAAUGCCGACAUGGGAGAGGCCGAGAGCUUUAAUGUGGAUGGCCAGAAGCUGACAGAACGCAACUUCGAGAGUGGAUACGACAAGGUUGACACUGGCUAUGAAGGCACAGGUUAUGGAGCAGUGGAAGAACAUGGUGGCGACAAGAGGGCGAGACUCGAGGCUUGAAAGUCGAGGCUUGAUACUCAAGGCCAGAAAUGCGAUCUUGGAGAUGUCGCAACUUACUGAUGUAAAUGUGGUGGUGAUCUUCCCAAGGAAAUGACGGGCACAAGGCGUUGGGCAAGGAUGUCGCACCAGAGGGAAAACAAGAAUGGUCCUAGCAGGAGUCGAGGUUAAGUUGGUGUCGUUCUCUUUUUGUCUUCUCGAACAAAAUUUCCCACGUUCGUUUUCUUUCGUUACGUUUCUCUUCAAUCCACAUGGCCGCAUCUUCUUGACUUCUUGAUAGAGGAGCCGCGCAAACCCGG